AUGGAAUAUAACCUGCCAAACAACCGCUACUCUCACAGUAACAUCGUUCACCGAGGCAAUUCACCCACAAUGUCCACACUCGCGAUGGCUGCACCAUCCCCGCACGCUCCUUUCAAGAAGGAGUACUUCUCUAACUGGGACGACCGCCGGCAAGCGGAUUAUGCUCCUUCCAGGCCAAGGAGUGAUCCCGAGAGGAUAGCGCUGCCUUCGAUUCGCCAGGCUUUCCCCGAUCUCCUUCGCCUCCGUGUUAUCCCCCAAGAUGGUCAGACCAGCACAUCAUCAUCCACCACAUCACCGACAGCAGGACCGCCUGGCACCUUGACACCACCCGAAUAUGUUCACUCCCCGACCAGCCAGAACAAGCGCAGGAGGUUAUCGUUCGGUGACGACCAGGAUGAAAGGGUCAGCCAGGUCCCCAGGCUCUAUACCAGCCAGUCCCAGACAUAUCAACGACGCGACAACCGUCCUCUCUCCCCAGUCACCCUGAGUGGCGGGCCCCGUUCUAGCACCUCCGACAGCUGGGCUGGAUCCUCCCGAACGAGCCCAUUCCUUCCCGGUACUGGCACUUCGACCCUUAGAUCACCAGCUGCUAUUGAGCAAAACGACCCAAUGGACAGGCAGCGCCCGACGCUACCAAGCCUUCCUCAUCUGAACUUCGACAGGUCACCAAUGGAAGCCCAGUCUCACAUGCACCACCACCAUCAACAGCAUUCUCACCAACAGCAGCACAGCCACCACGUGAGGGCAAUGUCUGGGGAUGAGUACAUGAUGGAGCAGCACCGUGGCAUGGUUCCGCAGCACCCACACUCUGCUGUGGAGCCCGGAUACCGCCAGCCCGCACCAAGCGGUUACCCAUACCCGUACCACCAUCCCUCGCGGAGCCAGUCACUUUCGAUGGGUGCCAUGCCCCCGAUGGAUCGCAUGCCAUUUUCGCCUUCUGGCUACAGCGCUUACCAUGGCGACUACAUGAGAAUGGGUGACAUGGGUGGCAUGGGCUUCAAUGGAGACAACAAGCAACGCAAGCGCAGGGGCAACCUGCCAAAGGAGACAACCGAUAAGCUCCGCGCUUGGUUCUUGGCACACCUUUCACACCCGUACCCGACUGAGGACGAGAAGCAGGAGCUGAUGAGGCAGACUGGCCUUCAGAUGAACCAAAUCUCCAACUGGUUUAUUAAUGCUCGAAGACGUCAACUCCCGGCCAUGAUCAACAACGCUCGUGCCGAGUCGGAUGCUCUCGCCCAAGGACGUGGCCUGUCGGACGGCUCCAAGAUCCUUCUCUCAACUGAGCGGUCAGACUACGACAGCGACAAGAGGGGUAGCCCUAUCAGCGACGACGGCGCCAGCCACCUAUAUCACGAUGACAUGCACCGACGUGCCGUUGGCAUGAAGCGUGGCAGCGUCUAAACAAACUAUUAUUACAUCACACUCUUCAUUUUCUAUACACUCUUUUAAAGCUUUUCCACUGUACGAACAUAUCUUGUUGGGAAUACUGCUGUUUUUUCUUUUAUCAUUUUAGUAUGUUUUUAUGUCUUCCGAUUCACCAGUACGGAUGGAACUCUUCUUUUCUCGACAUGUAUUAUUUCGUAUAUACCACUUGCAAUGGGGGGAGGGCUCUGACAUUUGACACGACAUUUUCCUUUACUCAUCUUUCUUUUUUUGAUUACCCCCCACCUGUACAAACUUUUAGACACCUGGUACAUGGAGUUUUUUUUUUUUUUUUUUUUUUAAGUUUUUUUUAACUACCCGGAAGAGAGGGAAAGACAGCGGUACGGAAGAAAAAAUCAGGACUUUUUCUUAUCGAAGUAUGCCAACAGGGCACGGAGUAUUCAGCGGGCAUGAAGGAACUGGAACCGGUCUAGAAGGAGGAAACACUUUAGGUAGUCUCGCCCGCCCACAUCCCUUGCAAUCGAAUAGCGAUGCUCGGUCAGACGCGGAGGAGAGAAGACAAUCAGAAAA